GUCCUACAGAGGCGGAUUAUACAGAAAUUUUCUCUGGUUUACCUUGUAACCCUGCAUCCGCCAGAGAGAGGAACCUUGUCAUUCAGAUAAUCCUUCUCUGGGCAGACCUUGAAGUUGGAAUUAUUGAAAACUAUUAUGAUACUGAAGAUACAGCUCAAAAGGACCUUUCAAUGAGUUUGCAGUGUUUGACUUUGUCUUGCCCUGAUGUAGUAUCUGAUGCUGUGGAUACAAAGAGAAUUGAGCAGGACCUCAUCUCUUUUGAGGAAAGAAGUUGUGUGCUCUCCUCUGGAGCUUCUACUCCAGAACACACUGUGCACCCCAGGCACAUGCUGUGAUUCCACUGAAAGAAAUGGCCAAAGAAUCUGUUGAAUCUCUGAGAGAGUGUGUCAUUGGAAAGGAUGAGCAAGGGGAAACCAGACCUCAGUAUGGGCAUACUGACAUUCCAAAGACUUUGCAGUCUGAUGCACUAAGUAUCUCCAGUGGAUCAUUCUCAGAAUUAGACUCAGAGGACCAGGCUAUAUUAAACGAGUCUGAUACUGAAUUAUCUGAUCAUGAGUACUAUGUGGUCAACCUGCCAGAGUGUUUCAACCUGACCACUUCAUACAUUGAAGCUGACCGACCUGAUUCUCCCGACUUUCUCACAGCAGAUGAAGAUGAUCGUACUACUGCAGUUGCCUCCGAAUCUCAAGAUGACCAGAGAGAGUGUUUAAUUGACAGUGGAGGGGCAUCAGCUUCUUCAAAUGCUAGCCAGGAAGGUAGCCAUUCAAGGACAAUCAUUGAAGUAUUCCCAACCAGAAAUUCUACCACCCAUGAUUGUAAGUUUCGAUCUCAAAUUGAAACUUCAGGAUAUUUAGAGCUUGAAAGCAACAAGACACCAAUGCCACAUCCUCCUACAGAAACAAAACCAUUUAUGGAAAUACCUACUGAAGCUUUAAGAACAAACUUAACAUACACUGUCCAACAAGUUAGUGCUGGUAAUACUGACCAUGAUGAUCAGUUACAAGAAGAAGAGCAAAACAAAACAACAUGGGUCUCUGGGUCAGAAGACAUGCAAGGUGUUGUUUGUGAACAACCAAGCUCAGCUCAGCAUAAAGAACUUGGCCAUACAUCAAGGAUCAGAGAUGGCGGUGAAUCUGGUGAAGGUCAAGGGGCAGCCACAGACCAAAUCCCAGAAUCAAGAGAGCUUCCUGUUGACCUUGUUGGUGCAUUGCCAGAUGAACUGGUGAGCAUCAUCCCAGAGGAUCUGGUGCGUGGUGUAUGGAAUACUGCUCGCACCUUUAUCACUCGCAUCAAUCAGGUCAGAAAUAUAAUUCUGAUCUACACUUCAAGCAAGCUUUAGAAAUACUUAUGUCUG